UCGGCCGGCGGCCGGCGGAGCGGCACGGCCGGAUUCAGGGCACCGAUCCCAUCUCCAAAGUCUUUCCAGCCUAAUGGAGCCAGUGAAGAAGCCCUGCGGUGUGAAAUCGAAGAGCUGAAACGCAAAGACCUUGCUCUAGACCAGGAAAUUGCACAAUUAUUGUCCGAGGGCUACAGCCUGGAAGAACUAGACAAGCACAUCUCACUUCUCCAUGAGUACAAUGAAAUCAAAGAUGCUGGGCAGAUGCUCCUGGGCAAGCUAGCUGUUAUCCGAGGGGUCACUACAAAACAGCUCUAUCCUGAGUAUGACCUGGAGCUCAGUGACUAGUCCUGAACCUGGAGACUGCCAUGCCUUCCAAAAGUGACUGUCACUGGGCCAUUACAUGUUGGUGUCGUCCUGGUUUAGAAGAAACAGAAGGUGGAAAAGGAAUCUUGGAAAAGGGAUGUAGGAUUUUAGAUCAUUUCAUGUACUACUGAUCAACAGGAUUUUUAUUUUUGUUUUUGAAAGGUUGUAGUUCAGGUUGAUGUUCCAUGGAGCCUUUGAUUCCCUGCAGUAUCCAGGGGCUGUUUGAUUACAAAUGGAUAGAGGAAGUGAGGACAUACAAAUGUGCAAUGUAAUAGCUGCUUUGAAAGGAAAACCCUAUGAAGGGAAGGAAGAAGGCAGAAAUUGUGGUGCUUUGGGGGUUUUAUUUUGUUUUAUUAACAAAUCCUGAGAAGUCUGGGUGUUCUGUAUUUUUGUACAUACCUGCUCUGGUAUCUGGAGGUUUUGUAUCAUUUCUGUAGUAAAUGGUAAAAUAUAAAGUUGUGUUAACUGUCCACUCUGAAUAAAGUAGCUUUCACAUGUCAGUAAUUUAC